AUCUUUUGCAUACAGAAAUGGGUGUUUCUCAAUGACUACCUGCCCUGACGUGUCGUUAUCAUCCUUCAAGAGAGGUUAUAUAUAAGAGGUCUACUCUGACAUCUCCAGGAUAAUAUUUUAUCAUCCUUCAAGAGAGGUUAUAUAUAAGAGGUCUACUCUAACAUCUCCAGGAUAAUAUUUUUCAGGGUUUUUGGUCCUUAUCAGCUACACAAGGUGCUUCUCCUUUUUCCUUGGCCAAGGAACAUUUUGCUGUUAUCAAUGAAGAGGGAAGUGGCACCAUGUUGGGACCUCUCGGUCACAGUACUGCGAGCGAAGUGCAGCCAUUCACAUGACUACUUUUCUCAGUCUGACCUCUAUGUGACCUUGUGUAUGCCCACGGCCUCGGUCCAUACCGUGAGCACUAAGAGCAUUCCUAACUGCAACGCACCUGAGUGGAACGAGACCUUCCACUUCCGUGUGAACAGCCAUGUCAAGAAUAUUCUGGAGCUGAACGUAUAUGAUGAAGACCUUAGGCAAGACGACCUCUGCACUAGGCUCUUCUUCGAUAUCUGCACCCUCACACCGGGCAAGAAGGAGACCAAGGUCUUCAUCACUGAUGAAAAUAAAAAGGAUGAGCUGUGGGUGGAUUUCGAGAUCACAGAGUGCCCUGAAGCAUCUCGAGAAUAUCUCUCCAAUGGAGUUCUUGUGGCAGCGCCGCUAUCCAUUGUGGAAGUGAAGAUAGAUAAACUACCGCCUGAGGUGCAACAGAACAUGCUGUUAAAGUUACGAGGGGCGUAUAUUGAAGAUCAAGUCAUCUCAAUCUCCAAGAAAAGCAGCCUCAUGCAGACUCUUCGCUACUACAUCAACAAAGAUCUGGAGACCAAGAUUGAACUUCAGGCGGAUGGGAAGGAAGCAAGUCCAGCUUCGUCCCCUGCAUCCCCGUUGUCCCCUUCAUCCACAUCAGAGUUCACAUUCUCUUUUCCUGCAGUAAAGGAAACUGUAAAUUUGCAGGUGAACACAGUAGAGAGCACUGAGGAGGACAUGAAGGUACGUCUGGAUUUUGACAUACCUGCAGAGGAGAAGGCUUUUCUGGCAAAGAGGAAAGAGGUGGUGUCUCGUGCGCUGCAGAAAAUACUCAACCUCAAAUCUCCCCUGGAUCCGAGUAAGGUGCCAACAGUGGCUGUGGUGUGUUCAGGAGGCGGCUCGAGGGCCAUGACGAGCACAUACGGCUUUCUGAGAGGACUGCAGCGUCUCGGCUUGCUGGAUGCCAUCAGCUACAUCACCUCUUUGUCUGGCUCCACCUGGGCUAAUGCGUAUCUCUACAAUGACCCACUUUGGUCAAAGAAAGACCUGGAUGAGGCAAUUGUAUCUGUGAAGAAGGAACUCUCUAAGAGUACCAAAAGUCUGUUUGGUCCCAGUCGGCUGAAAUAUUACUAUUCUGAGCUGCGGCAGAAACAGAAGGAAGGUCACCCUGUCUCUCCGAUCGACAUGUGGGGGCUUAUGAUAGAAAAUGCCAUUUAUGGAAAGAAACACACGGCUACACUGUCUGACCAGCAGGAGGCAGUCUCCGAGGGCCAGAACCCUCUCCCAAUCUACACAGCUGUCAACAUGAAGAAGGACACUGGCGGCUUCUUGGUGGCUGAGUGGUGUGAGUUUACUCCAUUUGAGGUGGGAUUCCCCAAAUAUGGAGGAUUUGUGCCUACAGAAUAUUUUGGGAGCGAGUACUACCUUGGUCAUCUGGUUAAGAAACUACCAGAGACACGGGUCUCCUUCCUUUUGGGCAUGUGGAGCAGUGUCUUCUCUGCUAACCUGAUGCAGCUCUGGAAACAUGUCACUGGGGCGGUGCCGUCCUGGACUUCAUGGUUGGGGGAGGAUGUGUGUAGCAUUGAGACAGAUGAUAAACAGUCAACGUUGGACACCUUGUGUCUCGGUUCAAAGGCUUCGACACUGAGCAACUUCCUGCAUGGUCGUCCCAUCAUCUACAAAGUGUACAACUUCCUGCGAGGCUUCUUCCUGCACAACAUGUACAGUGAAAGCUCCACCUUCAACACCUCUAAAGAGACACACCCGGAUGUGUUUCCAAACAAUCUGACCCCCACGGACCCCACCCUUGGCAUGGUAGAUGCUGGAUUUGACAUUAACGCCGCCUUCCCUCCUGUGCUGCGGCCACACCGUCACGUCGACAUCAUUCUGUCACUCAGCUGCUCCUGGACUACGGACUAUCUAAAGAUCCUUAAGGAGACUCAGGAGUACUGUGCCGCCCGCCAACUGCCUUUCCCAAACAUAGACUCCAGCAAGUUUGAUGAUAAGCCCCCAAGAGAAGUGUAUGUGUUUGAGGAUGAGGAGAAUCCCGACGCUCCCAUAGUGAUCUACUUCCCGCUGGUCAACAUCUCCUUCAAAGAGUAUAAAGCACCUGGAGUGAAGAGACAGGGAAAGGAGGAGUUAAAGGCCGGAGAUGUUGAUGUGAGCACUGGAUCCUCUCCAUACGUCACAUCAAAUCUCACAUAUGCGUCGGAAGACUUCCAGAAAUUGGUGGAACUCACUUGCUAUAAUGUCUCCAACAACAAGGAGAGCAUUGUGUGCGCUCUAGAGAAAGCUCUGUACAGAAAAGGGCUUGCUAAGAAAGCUUCUAAUGAAGAAAACUAAAAGCGUACCGCCCUAAAAACAUUUGCAUGUUGUUUGAUUUUUGCUAAUCAGCUACAUUUUAAAUGCAUGUUUAGUAAUUUUAUAACUUCUAACUCUAAGAUUUAAGGAUGGCAGUAAUAGAGUAACCAUAAAGAAAAUAUGCUUUAUUGCAACAAAGUUAUUGUAGCGGAAACUAGAACUCUGUGAAUUAUCUUUAUUUACACCACUCGCUUUGUGUUAUCUUGUUUAAAUCAAAUUCAUUGGAACUGUUACUAAGAGGGCAUGAUAAGGAAGUACAGAAAGAGCUCACCACUAAACUCCCUACAACUUCCUGCUGUGAAGUAUUAGACCUCUUUUAUAUCCACUUCUGCCUAUAUCCAUCUUCAUUUAUUAAAUUAACUUGAAAUGUUCUGGGGGCAAGUAAAGUGCUUCUGUACCAGGUUUUUAGUCCUAUAGCUGCAAACUCUUAACACAAAUAUUCUCAAAGCUUGUUUGUUUAAUUUUGCAUUUAAUUAGCUUUUUAUUAUAUUAAACCAUCUUUUUUGUAACUGAGUUUAGAUUAGCUUUGAUUGCAUUUAAAAAAUCUGCUUUAUACCAUGCUAAAUUCUACAUUGCUUAAUUGGUCAGAAGGUGUUGCGUAAUAUAGAAAGUUAUAGUAAAAACUCAGACAAAGAUUUGUAUGUUUGUCAGACAAAGAUUAGUAUGCACUUUGUGGGUUUGUUGGUGACAUGAAAAGCUGCAUUUUUUUUAUCUUAUUAACUUCAAGAGAGAGGAAAAAAGAGAGGCUGGUGAAGGUAAUUAUUAGGUAUUAAAGUGACAACAGGAACUAGCUUGUUUGAUGGAUGUUCCACAAGAUUAAAUAUAACUAUAAAAAGAUACAAAGAUAAAAAAUAUAUAAAAUGUGUUCAUUAAUAAAUAACGGAAUUAAUGUUGGCAAGUUGUUGUGGUAUUAGAGGAAUAAACCGAUUUGAGAUGUGCUGUUCUGAGUAAAUAAUCAACUUCAGGGUGGUUUUCUUACUUAUUCCAUCAUAUAUUUUUUUCUUUCCUUUCAUCUCAUUGUAUUUCAGCCAGUUUUAAUUGCCUCGUAAAGCCAUUUGUAAACGUCUCUUUAAACAGUAUGCAUGUUAUGCUGUAAACAUCUUUGAAUAGCAACUGUUUUAAUCUCUUAAAGCUUCAUAAGACAUUAUGUCCUUCAGCAGCUUGCACAGCUGAUGGACAUAAUGCCUUGCGUCUAAAAAUAAAAAAAAUGUUAAAAAAUUAACAUUUUGAUAAAACCUUUACUAGUCAAGUUAGCAUUCUCCGCUUGUGAUAUGAACAUACUGUAUGUGAUGUGAUACUACAUGCAGCUGGUAAAAAUGUAUUUACUUUUUAUAGCUAAGUAAGUGGGGCUCCUCUAAACACUGGUCUACAUUAACCCAUCAUCAAUAAAUAAAUGUAAUU